CGAACGGGUCUAUUAUCUUACACCAAACUCUUUUAACUUUGAUUUAAUCAUUCGUACCGAUAACAAUGAAUAAUAAUGAAGCCUCCAACCGAAGGAAACAUUUUGAAUUGGCGGUGGGGAUACGCGAUCGUGUUCUGUAAGUUUACCCUUCUGGUGUUCGAUGGAGGCAUCGCGAAAUCGUUUGGCGUUCUUCUCCAUGAGAUGGUGGUGAGAUUAAACUCAAGCUAUGCCAUUGUUGGGUUCAUCUGCAGCCUGCCAUCUACCCUCACAUACCUCGCAGGCCCAUUAGUAUCUCUAUUACUAGAAAGGAUGAACGAUCGACUGGUCGCCGGGGGAGGAGCAAUACUCAGCGCGACUUGCCUUCUGAUAUGCGCUUUUUCAACUAAUGUUGUACUUCUGGGCGUGUGUCUUGCAUUAACAGGUAAGGGAGAUUACAGGCGAUGAAUAUACUCAAACCAUUUCAUUAUCAUCAUCGUAAAAAAUUGAAUACAGCGUAACCGUUGAAGUCAUUAACUACCACGGAUCAGUUUUAUUUCGAUUUGAUGAAAAGUAUGAAACAAUAUCAUUAUGAUCACUCACUAUUC